AUGCUUUUAUCACUUCCAGACUUGAUUACUGCAAAAGCAUCUUCUACGGCCUUCCCACCAAACAACUCAACAAACUACAAUAUAUCCAGAAUCCUGCCACCCUCCUGCUCACCCACACCGGCUCCCGUGACCACAUCACCCCCGUCCUCCAAAACCUACACUGGCUCCCCAUCAAAGAACGUAUCCAUUUUAAAAUCCUCCUCCUCACCCACAAAGCCCCCCAUAACCAGGCCCCCUCCUACCUCACCAGCCUGCUCCACCACUACACCCCCUCGUAACCUCCGAUUUUCUGAUGCCCACCUCCUGUCCAUACCACCUGACACCAAGCACCGAACCUGGGGGGGACAGAGCUUUCUCUGUCGCCGCCCCCACCCUCUGGAACUCCUUACCACCAAACAUCUGGAACUGCCCGAACCUGUCCACCUUCAACUUGAGAAACAGUCUCCAUCUAUCAACCCCUUUGCGCUCAUGCAGGAUGUAGUUCCUUGUCAG